AAAUGUAGAGCUAUAUAUCCAAUUAUGUUAAUGACGUGGCUAAAAUAAUCAAACGAAAAGCUGUUCUGGACAGGAUCCGGAAAUUACACCAGCCAAUCAAAAGAGUUGGUUUUGUUAGCUAUUAAGGCGUUGUAAGUCUGCUACGUUAGCUAGUAGCAAGCUCCAGCAGAAAUAAUAAAGCGCUUCUGUCUCCAGGGGUGGAACGGUGUUGGCUACACGUGUAGCUAGUUUCAUUCAUUUCUUUCGAGGCCGAUUAGAUUGUGCAUCCCAGUACUGAAAGAGAAGAUGGCUGCGCCGGAUAUGCGCCUCAACCACACCAUAUACAUCAACAACCUGAACGAGAAGAUUAAGAAAGAUGAACUGAAGAAGUCGUUGUAUGCAAUUUUCUCUCAAUUUGGUCAAAUCCUGGACAUUUUGGUUGCCCGCUCCCUGAAGAUGAGGGGUCAGGCCUUUGUCAUCUUCAAGGAGGUCAACAGCGCCUCCAAUGCCCUGCGUUCCAUGCAGGGGUUUCCAUUCUAUGACAAACCUAUGCGUAUUGGGUACGCCAAAGGGGACUCUGACAUCAUCGCUAAAAUGAAGGGCACCUACGUGGAGCGCGACCGUAAGAAGGAGAAGAGGGCGAAGGUCAAGGGCCCAGAGGCUGCAGGGGCCAAGAAGGGUGUGCCAGGAGCCCCUGUAGUACCUAUGGGCCCUGGAGUUCCAACACCCAUGCCUGGAAUGCCACCCAUGAGCGGGGCUCCUCGUAUGAUGCCAAUGCCAGGGCAGCCCCUUUACAUGCCCCCGCCAGGCAUGAUGCCACCUCCAGGGAUGGGCCCUGGGGGAAUGCCCCCUGGUGCCAUGCCUCCGGGUGGGAUGAUGCCAGGUCAAAUGCCCCACGCCCAGGUCGCAGAAAACCCUCCCAACCACAUCCUGUUCCUCACCAACCUCCCAGAGGAGACCAACGAGCUCAUGCUGUCUAUGCUCUUCAACCAGUUCCCUGGGUUCAAAGAGGUGCGUCUGGUGCCAGGUCGCCACGACAUCGCCUUUGUGGAGUUUGAUAAUGACGUGCAGGCUGGAGCUGCCAGGGAGGCACUACAGGGCUUCAAGAUCACCCAGACCAACGCCAUGAAGAUCUCCUUCGCCAAGAAAUAAUACCAGAGAGCUCUUGAGUGGUUUUAAAUCACACACACACACCAGAGAGACCACCUCACCUUAAACUAUACCAGCACAGAGCUGACUACUAACCUGUCUUUUGCCAAGAAAGCACAGUGUGUUACUAGUCCACACACCCUUAAGCUCCCCUCCCAUGACACAUCUGUAAGCUCCCAUACAUCCUUACACGUUUGUGGUGCUGCUCCGCUUACAGAUUGACAUUAGAAUUCUUUCAGCCUCUACCAGAAGGUAAGGAGUGGGGAUUUGAUGAUCCCCUUCAUCACCGAUGCUUAUAGGAGAGCAAGUAUUUUUAUCGUCUUUCAUUUUUUAAGUUCAGCUUAGAUUUUUUUUGUAAUUGUUAUGUUACUGCCCUUCCUGUGAUUGCAUACUCAUUUAGAAUAACUGGGGAUGACUUGCCUUGUAUCUGAUAGUAGGUUACCAACGGUUUAGAGCAGAGACGUAGACAUAGAGGUCAGCAUUUUGAUGAUUGCAAUGCUGGCACUAGGCAUGAACGCGAUAACAUAUAAGGACUGUAUUGGUAUAGUGAUUUGGUGCCAACAUUAAGGAUAGUUAGCUGACAUUUUCAUAUCCAUAGCUCUGGUUAAGAAAAACUGAAAGUAUCAGUCAGUUUCUGCACCCAUUCUUGGAGGAUAAAAUCUGGUGUAUGUAAGUAUAUUUUCAUUUUUUACCGUUUGUCUGUUAUAAAGCAUUGCACUCAGGGUCUGUUUCGUCCAGACAUUGUACCUGGAGCUUUUCUGUUUGAUUAAAACAUGCUUUUUAUAAUGA